GAACUUUUGCUUUAGGCCUCACAUGUGUUGAGUCGGCCCUGCAAAAAUGCAUAUAUAUCAUUGAGUGCAUCAACAAUAUUCUUGCCUUUUAUAUCAUUGAAUGCAUCAACAUUCACCACAACAAAAGGCCUCACCGAGGACAGAAGAGAUCAUGGAUUCAAAACAGAGCAAAAUGAAUGUCCUAAUGCUACCAUGGUUAGCCCAAGGUCACAUCACCCCCUUCCUAGAGCUUGCCAAGAAACUCACACACAAAAACUUCCACAUAUAUUUAUGUUCUACACCAAUCAAUCUCAAAUCCAUCAAGAAAAGAAUCACAGACAAGUACUCUCUCUCCAUUGAACUUGUAGAAAUCCACCUUCCCACCUCGCCUGAGCUUCCUCCUCACCACCACACCACCAAUGGCCUCCCACUCCACCUCAAUUCCACCCUCCAAGAAGCUUUUGAAAUGGCAAGCCCAGACUUCUCCAACAUCCUCAAAACACUAAGCCCAGACCUUGUUAUUCAUGACUUCAAGCCGUCAUCGGCACAAUCCAUUGCCUCGUCCUAUAAUAUUCCUGCAGUUCAGCUCAUGACUGCCGGAGCUGCGGUGGUUAGUUUUGGCAGUCAUAUGUUUAAUCACCCCGAUGUUGAAUUUCCAUUUCCGGCAAUUCGUCUUCACGAAUUCCAGGAAAAGCUGUUUCGCCAGAUGGUCAUGGAUGUUGCAAGAACAGCCAAAGAAAAACAAUCCACCCCUGUGAACAAUGAUCAACCACCUUGCAACAUCACGUUGUUCAACACUUUUAGAGAGCUUGAAGGAAAAUACAUCGAUCACUUGUCAGUUACAGGUGAUAAAAGGGUUGUCCCUGUUGGUCCACUUGUUCAAGGCAUUGUUGAUGAUGAAAAGGAGCACUCUGAGAUCAUACAAUGGCUUGAGAACAAGGGUGAGUACUCCACUUUGUUUGUUUCAUUUGGGAGUGAGUAUUUUAUGUCCAAGGAAGAGAUUGAAGAGAUAGCUCAUGGGUUAGAGUUUAGCAAGGUUAAUUUCAUAUGGGUUGUUAGGUUUCCUGAGGGAGAGAAAGUUGAGGUUGAAGCAGUGCUGCCAAAGGGGUUUAUUGACAGGGUAGGGGUUAGAGGAUUGAUGGUGGAGGGUUGGGCUCCACAGGCAAGAAUUCUAGCCCAUUCAAGCACCGGUGGCUUUGUGAGUCACUGUGGGUGGAAUUCAAUGUUGGAAAGCCUAUUUUAUGGGGUUCCAAUUGUAGCCAUACCCAUUCACUUUGAGCAGCCAUUGAAUGCUAAACUGGUGGAGGAGGUUGGUGUGGCUAUGGAGGUCAACAGAGACAUGAAUGGAAGACUCAACAGAGAAGAGAUAGCACAGGUAAUAAGGAAGGUUGUGGUGGAGAAAAGUGGAGAGGACAUAAGGAUGAAAGCAAGAAAUUUUGGGGAGAAGAUAAGAAGGAAAGGAGAUGAAGAGAUAGAUGAAGCAGUAGAAGUGUUGAUGCAGCUUUGUAAGGAUUCGAAGUUGCUUAAAAAUUAGUAUUGUGACUUUAUUGAAAUAUUUAGGUGGUUAAGAGCUAUUGUUUUGUUGUGAUUUGUUCUUUCCGUAAUAAAUCUUAUUGUCCUAUGUAAUAUAUGAGCAAAGAUUUCCUAUCUCUAAAUAUUCUUUUCCUUCUGUUCCAAAUUACUCAUAACCAUUGGAGCAUAUGAGAAUCUCAAGAUUUGAUAAUCUCAAUAUAUAUCCAAUGGUUGUGAGUGAUUUGGGAUAGGAGGAGAAGAAUAUUUGGGGACAGGAGAUCUUUAGGCUUAAUAUAUAUACAAACUGAUCCUUGAUUUGGUUGUAUACAAGUUAAUGAUGUUUGUUAUUAUGGGACUAAAGUAUUGGGUUUGGCUGCUCUUUUUCUUAGUCACAUUUCAGUACCUUAUUUUAUGAGUAAUCACAUUAUUGGUGUAAUAAGUUCUA